AUGACUGACGCGACCAACUCAAACGAUGAACUUUAUCCUAUCGCAGUUCUCAUCGACGAGCUAAAGCACGACGAUGUCCUGCUCCGUCUCAACGCUAUCCACCGCCUUUCCACCAUUGCUCUUGCUCUCGGGGCCGAGCGCACGAGAGACGAGCUCAUCCCCUUCCUAGACGAAUCGGUCGAGGAUGAGGACGAAGUUUUGGUGGCUCUGAGUGAGGAACUGGGCAAUUUCAUCGAAUACGUUGGAGGCCCAUCAUAUGGUCAUGUUCUCCUUUCGCCUUUGGAGAAUCUGGCUGCCAUCGAAGAACCAGUGGUUCGAGACAAGGCUGUCGAAUCGCUAAACAAGAUUUGCGAAAGCCUCUCAGCACAGCAGGUCGAGGAGUACUUCAUCCCCCUCACCAUCCGACUCUCCAAAGCAGACUGGUUCACCUCCAAGGUGUCUGGCUGCGGCCUCUUCACCACUCCUUACCGCAAGGUGUCUCCUCCCAUCCAAGAACAACUCCGCCAGCAAUUUGGUCUGCUCGUCCACGAUGAUACCCCCAUGGUCCGCCGACAAGCCGCCACCAACCUGGCCAAGUUUGUCAAGGAGAUGCCCGCAUCCAUCGUAAUCGAAGAAAUGAUACCCCUCUUCCAGCACCUUGUCCAAGAUGACCAGGAUAGCGUGCGUCUUCUCACAGUUGAGAUCCUCAUCUCCAUCGCCGAGGUCGUACCGAAAGAGCAACAGUCCAGCCACGGUGUGUUGUUGACUUCUUUGCGCAACUUGAUAGAGGACAAGAGCUGGAGGGUUCGCUACAUGAUUGCCGACAGGUUUGAGAAGAUCGCCAAGGCCGUCGAUGAAGAGGUUGUUUCAAGAGAUCUCGUCCCCGCCUUCGUCAAGCUUCUCAAGGACAAUGAGGCCGAAGUUCGCACCGCAAUUGCUGGCCAGAUUCCUGGAUUCUGCGCUUUAGUUGAGCGAUCAACCUUGCUCAACGACAUCAUGGGCAGUGUUGAAGAUCUUGUGUCUGACAGCUCACAACACGUCCGUGCCGCCCUUGGUACGCAGAUUAGCGGGUUGGCUCCUAUUCUAGGCAAGCAGGAGACUAUCGACCACCUGCUUCCCAUGUUCCUCCAAAUGCUCAAGGACGAGUUCCCUGAGGUUAGGCUCCACAUAAUCUCAAAACUGGAGCAAGUCAACCAAGUGAUUGGUAUCGACCUCUUGUCACAGUCAUUGCUACCCGCCAUUGUUCAGCUGGCCGAAGACAAGCAAUGGAGAGUGCGACUCGCCAUUAUCGAGUACAUCCCCUUGCUUGCCAGCCAGCUUGGUGUCAAGUUCUUUGACGAGAAGCUCAGCAAUCUGUGCAUGGGCUGGUUGGGAGACACAGUCUUCUCCAUCCGUGAGGCUGCCACUCACAACCUAAAGAAGUUGACGGAAGUGUUUGGUGUUGAAUGGGCCAGCGAGCAAAUCAUACCCAAGGUCAUGGGGAUGGGUAGCCACCCCAACUACCUGUACAGAAUGACCACCUGCUUUGCCAUUUCGACGUUGGCCAGCGUUGUCAGCAUGAACGUGAUUGCUAAGUCCAUUCUGCCAAUGCUUGACAAGAUGGUUGACGACGACAUCCCCAACAUCCGAUUCAACGUUGCCAAGACGUACUCAGUACUGAUCAACGCACUGCGCCGCUUGCCGGACGAGGGGACGCUGUACUCGCUUGAGAAGGAGGGCGCAGAAAUCACACCGUCACCCAAGGGCCAGGAACUCAUCCAGCAACGAGUGCUGCCCAACCUGACAAAGCUGCAAAAGGAUGACGAUGUGGACGUUCGAUACUUUGCGACUACGGCGGCGGCUGAGGCGACGGGGUCCACGCAGGGCGGGGAGCCCAUGAAUACAUCACCAUAG